GGACUCCUGCACCACUCGGGAAGGAGAAUCCUACUCGUGCUCUGUGUGCUCACAUCGCGCACAUCAUGUGAUCUUAUUCUCUGUUGUGGGCCAGACAGAACCAAACACCGGUAAGUGAACAUGUUUGGAGCAGUGGUGGUUGGUAUUGGAACAGCAGGACGUGUGAGGAUCAGAGACAUCCUGGCUCCCCUACGUGACAGUCCUGCAGAGAAACUCACUGUCAAAGGGUUCAUAUCCAGGAGGAGCCUAGACCCUCAGCUGGGGGUAUGUCAGAUCUCAGUUCAGGAGGCUUUGAGCAGAGAAGACAUUCAUGUGGCUUUCAUCUGCACUGAGAAUGUGCUACAUGAAGAAAACCUCAGAGCUUUCCUGCUGGCAGGGAAACAUGUCUGUGUGGAGUAUCCCAUGACCAUGGACCACAGGGCUGCUGAGGAGCUUUGGGAUUUAGCAGAAAAAAAAGGAUUGAUUCUUCAUGAAGAACAGAUUGGGCUGCUGUCAGAAGACUUUAAAGCACUUAAGAGAGAGGUAGAGGGCAAAGUCCUGCAAGAAGGAACCCUUCAUUUCACUGGUGGACCGCUGAGGUCUGGAUCUGGAUUUCAAGCUUUCUCUGGCAUAGCUCGGCUCACAUGUUUGGUUGAGUUAUUUGGUGAGCUGUCAGUUACUGCGGCAACUAUGGAGGAAAACUCUGGUGGGAACUACACUAAAUUGACUGCUAGGCUUCUUACACGUGAUAACAGACCUCUGACAUGGAUUGAGGAGAGGGGACCAAGCCUGACCAGGGCCAAGCACAUCAACUUUCAGUUCGACACCUGCUCUCUGACUCAGAUCCCUCCCACACCUAGAGGGGCUGUGGGCCUCUUUAUGCAAGAUCUUGUCCACUUCUCUGCCAAGCUAGUGGGUCAAGUGAGUCAAGAGGUGCUUCAAAGGGAAAAACUACGGGCCCUACACUGCUUGAACCUGGCGGAGAAGAUACAGAAACUCUGCCAAAGUUAAAGGGAUACUUCUCAUUUCAUUAAAAGAGUUGGAAAUCUUGACUGUUUAAAUUGAAAGUUUAAAGGUACUUUAAAAGAGAUUUUAAAAAUUCUUUUGGGUGUGUACAUGGCAUAAAUGACCUUCUUUUCUUUUUUUUUUAAUUGUAAAUUACCCCAGAACUAAUUAAAUAAUAAAUCAGGACCAUUCAAAGAUUGGUCCUGACCAUUGAUUUUUAGGGAUUGACUAAAAAGCUUGCUUCCUACUGCUCUUAUAGGAGUGUGCCCAUUGCUUUAUUUUAAGGCAUUAGACCUUCCGAAUGUUAGAUUUAAAAAGUACUCAUAUUUAAAAUCUUUACUAGAAUAAAUGCCUCAAAAACCACAGAUGUGGUUGUGUAUUAUUCUAAAAAGGAUCAAACUAUAACCUGCAAAGGCAAAUGCAUCUCAAAAAAAUUAUAAAGUCAUGAAAAAGUUCAUGUUUAUUGGUUGAAAGUAAAUGUAACCUCUCAUUCAGAAAUCAAGGUCCCAGUGUCUGGAGGAAGAACUGAGAGGUCCAGAAUCCUUCAGUGCUUGAAGUCCAGUGUUGUCAGUUUUCAGUCAGUUGCUGCUUUUCCUUUAGAAAUGAGCAAAAUCUAAAUAGUGCAAUAAAAAACUGGUAAUGGACACCUGAAUUUCGAAAAACCUCUCAAAUAUCACCAAAAAGUUUUACGCUCUCGUGCAGCGGUUUUUCAGACUUUUCGAUAUAGAAAUAUAAUGCGGAAGUGCAACGAAAUCACUUUGGCUGUGUCUGAAAUCACUCCCUAUUCACUAUAGUGCUCUAUAUAGUGAAUAUAUACUUUUGUAGUCAUGUCCAAAUUCUGAGUGAUCAUUGUUAUUCACUUUGUAGUGCACUCAUUCUAUCCCACAAUGCAUUGUG